CGUAGCCACCCACCCGGGGGCCCGGCGGCGCGGGGCCUUAUGGGUAGCAAGGAGUCGCCAGGUGAUUGUUAAUGGCGGCGACCGCGGCAGAACCGCUGGAAGGGGCUGCCUGAAGCCGUCCCAGGCGGGGCGAGGAGCGAGGGCGGCGGCCCGAAGCGGCGCCCGGCGAACCCCCUCGGCCGCUUCCUCUUCCUCCUUCUCCUCCCCUUCCGUGCAGCCCCCCUCGCAGUUCGCGUUGACGAGGCCCGAACCGGCCGCCCCCCAACUUCGAGGCUCCGCCAUGGAACCGGGGGCGCCGGGCGCGGAGGGCGGCGGGGGCCUCAGUGGCUUCGGAACCGGCCGGAGGCCUCCCCGGCCGGUAGGCGCCCUGGCCGUGGGCUCGAGGCAGCCCAGCGUGGAGACCCUGGACAGCCCUACAGGAUCCCAUGUUGAAUGGUGCAAACAGCUAAUAGCUGCUACAAUUUCUAGUCAGAUUUCAGGGUCAGUGCCAUCUGAAAGCAUAUCCAGAGAUUACCGGGUUUUCAGGAGGCCUGACAUCAGGAACACCUAUAAAACAGGAACACGAUUGCAGGAGGUUCAGGAAGGACACAAUGGCUAUCAUUCUGAAGCUGGAGCUGAUCAGGCUCUCAGAGAUGGAAAUAAGCUGGCCCAAAUGGAAGAGGCACCACUGUUUCCAGGAGAAUCAAUCAAAGCUAUUGUUAAGGAUGUCAUGUAUAUCUGUCCAUUUAUGGGAGCGGUUAGUGGAACACUGACGGUGACUGAUUUCAAAAUGUACUUCAAAAAUGUAGAGAGGGAUCCACAUUUUAUCCUUGAUGUUCCCCUUGGAGUGAUAAGCAGAGUUGAAAAGAUUGGAGUACAGAGUCAUGGAGAUAACUCCUGUGGCAUAGAGAUUGUUUGCAAGGAUAUGAGAAACUUGCGACUUGCCUAUAAACAAGAAGAACAGAGCAAGCUGGGGAUAUUUGAAAAUCUUAGUAGAUACGCCUUUCCUCUUUCCAAUGGGCAAGCUUUAUUUGCAUUCAACUAUAAAGAAAAGUUUCCAUCUAAUGGCUGGAAAGUUUAUGACCCCGUAUCCGAAUACAAGAGACAGGGUUUACCAAAUGAGAGCUGGAAAAUAUCCAAAAUAAAUAGUAGCUAUGAGCUUUGUGAUACGUAUCCUGCUAUUAUUGUUGUGCCAACUAGUGUGAAAGAUGAUGACCUCACAAAAGUAGCAGCAUUUAGAGCAAAAGGCAGAGUUCCUGUCUUGUCCUGGAUUCAUCCUGAGAGUCAGGCAACAAUUACUCGAUGCAGCCAGCCACUUGUGGGCCCGAAUGAUAAACGCUGCAAAGAAGAUGAGAAAUAUUUGCAGACUAUAAUGGAUGCUAAUGCCCAGUCACAUAAACUUAUUAUCUUUGAUGCCCGACAAAACAGCGUUGCUGAUACUAACAAGGCAAAAGGUGGAGGAUAUGAAAGUGAAAGUGCCUAUCCAAACGCUGAGCUGAUAUUCUUGGAAAUUCACAAUAUUCAUGUGAUGAGAGAAUCAUUACGUAAAUUGAAAGAAAUUGUGUAUCCCUCGAUUGAUGAGGCCAAGUGGCUAUCCAACGUGGAUGCAACACAUUGGUUGGAAUACAUAAGGAUGCUUCUUGCUGGAGCAUUAAGAAUUGCUGAUAAAAUAGAAUCUGGAAAAACUUCUGUGGUGAUACAUUGUAGUGACGGCUGGGAUCGAACAGCACAGCUCACAUCUCUGGCUAUGCUUAUGUUGGACAGCUAUUACCGUACCAUUCAAGGAUUUGAGGCCCUUGUAGAAAAAGAGUGGACAAGCUUUGGGCACAGGUUUGCCUUGCGAGUGGGCCAUGGUGAUGACAACCACGCGGAUGCCGACAGAUCUCCUAUAUUUCUUCAGUUCAUUGAUUGUGUCUGGCAAAUGACAAAACAGUUUCCCUCAGCAUUUGAAUUCAACGAGCUCUUCUUGAUUACCAUCUUGGAUCAUCUCUACAGUUGCCUCUUUGGGACUUUUUUGUGCAACUGUGAACAGCAACGGUUAAAAGAGGGUGUGAACACGAAAACUAUAUCUCUGUGGUCUUAUAUCAACAGCCAACUGGAUGAAUUUUCGAAUCCCUUCUAUGUGAAUUAUGAAAACCACGUUUUAUAUCCUGUUGCUAGUCUGAAUCAUUUGGAAUUGUGGGUAAACUAUUAUGUCCGUUGGAAUCCUCGAAUGAGACCUCAGAUGCCAAUUCACCAGAAUCUCAAGGAGCUGCUUGCCAUAAGAUCAGAGCUUCAGAAGAGAGUGGAAGAUUUACAGCGGGAAGCUGCUACACGAUCAAUUUCAUCUUCUUCAGAUCGAGGCUCCUCUCCUUCCCACUCGGUCACUCCCGUUCAUACAUCUGUUUGAUAUGGCAUGGAAGCCAGGAAUGCUUCUCACGAUAAUAAGAUUACCUAUAUACCCAAUAUACUUGUGAGAAUAUCUUUAGUGUACUGUCAACAUUGACAUCUCAUCCCCCCCCUGCCCCCUCAGGCUACAGAGAGUUGAGAAAAGGGAGUUUUGUAAUUGUUAGUAUAGAAUUUUGUCUUUUUAUAUUUAGGCCGAGUUUCUUUAUUUUCUAUUGUGGUGUUUUAAAUAAUCGAUCAUUUGUGUGGCUAUUCUGACAUCUUUGCGGAACUCUCUUGAGCAACCGUGACUUAAUUUCGAAUCACCAAUCCCGAUCUUUAAAGGGAUUUUGUCUAUGAUACUGAUUAUAUGAGAGAGCAGCACUAUGCCUCCUUGGGCAGCUUUUGAGAAGCCAAUGCAGAUGGUGUCUCGGUCACCUUGAAGGUGAACAAAGCAUUUUUCAAAAGUGAAUACGUUAUAUAUGAGACAUUUUGUACUAAAGAUCAUAUGUCAGCCAGUUAAGUGAUUUCUCUAGGUUAUUUUGAUAAAACUUAAACCGACUUGUAUUUUAUGGGGAAAGAAAAGACAUUAUAUUUGUGGUAAGGAUGUUUCCUUGAUUGAAAGGAAUAGUCCUUGCCAAGUGAUGAGUGUGAUGUUUUUUGUUUUUUGAAAAGAGCCAAUUCUCUUGAUGCCUUUUCACACUUAAAACAGACACGGUUCACAUUCCUGGCGAAGGUGUCAUAUGAAUCGUGUUGUAUAUGAAAUGAUUUUUAGUUAAUUUCACAGUAGUCUUUGGAAUAUGGUACAUUUGGAUCGGAUCCUCAAAAAUGUAUCUAUCAAUAGCAUAGAAGCACUUUAAGUCUUGCGACAUGCACACCAGUCUAGUGUUAUUUAUUUGCAUGAAUAUCAAUGAUUGUACGUUGUUUUCUGCAUUUCCAAACUGCUGAACAUGAAAAACUUCAUUAGUUUUCUUUUUAAUAUCAUCUGUUCAAUUGGAUUCGUUUAAGUUGAAAUUAUUUUAUAUCAGAUAUUUCUAAUCUUGGAAUAUCUUUUCUCAAAUUUAUUUCUUAGAUACUUGAUAUUAUCCUUUUAGAAAAAAAAUCAUCAGGCAUUGACUUUGGGUAUAAAAAGUUUGUUUUUCCUUCAACCGCUAAAGCAGCUAGUUGUUUGAAAGGUAGUCAUUUCAUUUCUGGGGAGUUUUCUGUGCACAGUUACCUCAUGUAGCUCCACUUCUGGCCUUGAGCUUCAUGAUUCAAUCAGGGUUUCCAUGAAUGUAGUAGUAAUCAAUUGAUUGUAUGUCCUAGGUCUAUAACUCUUAACUGCAUUACAUGGUAUAUGUUUUAGAGCAUUGAUAUUGUAGCCACAUGCUACCACGUGCCAGCAUAUUAAUACUUGUUCAUCAUCCCAAGGGACAUGUAAUUGAUCAAUCAGAACACCAAUCAACAUCACCAAUUCAGAACAUAAAGAUAAGCCAUCCUUUAUCAAAAGAAAAACAUCAACUGUCCUCAGUAGACUUUAGUUGGCCUAAAGUUACUGUUGCAUUAACAUUGAUGUUCCGGUGACCUCACUUUAGAGAUUGUGCUUUUUAAAUGUUUACAGUUAAGUAAUUAAAAAAUUAACAUAUUACGAUAAGUUUCAAAUCUAGCUUUUAAAUAUAGGGUGUCACAGAAGACAUACUGUAUGUAUCUUAGAUUUUCUGUUACAUGAAGGUCUUUUCUAUAGGGCACCAGAAAUAUUUAUAUAAGAUCUCAAGAAAAAAGUUUUUUUGGGGUAAUAAUUUCAGUUAUGAUUUUAAUUUUUACCGUCUAUGGUAGGUACCUGAGUCAUAUGCUUAAUAAUAAUAAUUUAAGGGGAAUGAGUGCUCGAAUUCUGCCAGCAGACAGAGUAUCCUCCCCAAGUAUAAGGAUUACCAGAUUAGCAGAUAAAUGAGGAAGGGAUUAUUUCUUCUAUUUUAUUUUUAAGUGUUAAAACCAAGUUUUGGAAUUGGUACCACCUUGUAUUUGUCUCAUUUGUCUUUCUGCUUAAACUUAUGAUGAAGGGAAAUCAUUUCCCUUUUUUCCUUCCUGGAGUUUGAUGCAAUCAUAUAGGUACAACAGUUCUGUUAAUGUAGAAUAGGUUAAAGGCCUUUUGACCAAACCAGAUCAUUUAAAUGGGGCACAGUUAUUGCUGCCUGUAUAUACCGGCCUUUUGGUGAGAGAAAUGGAAUUCAGAGAGUAGAUUGACUAGCAUGUUGGCUCUUCCUCAGCCCUCUGCCGCAGCACACACGGGCUGGCUGUCUUACCACAUUGGACCAUACUGUUGCUGUCUGGGCGUGAAUUCUGAGCACAACCCCGUUCUAAGGUAACUGCCUAGGUUAAGGUUACCUCAUAGUCUUUAAGGAAAUCUCUCUUAGUUAUCUGAAAUAAGCACAACAGUUUUUUGGGGGGAAGUUUCCUUCUGUAUCUAAAAGCACUUGAAUUUUGUUAUAGAAAAGAUGACUUUUCAAUUUUAUUUUUAGUUGUGUGAUAUUAAAAAAAAAUUGUAAAUUUUGUUUUAAAAUUGGUACCAUAUUGUAUUUGCCUCAUCUGAAAGUUUCGUUCUAGUAUUAAAACUGAUACAUGUUGACUUUG